GCACUGCCUGCCUCACUUGUCCGCUCCGCUCCAUCGAUUCGACAGGGUCGCUUUCUGGGCGACCUGUGCUGGAGUCACACGGCUAGCUAUGAUCCACCCUACGUUCUCUCUCAACAACCAGCACUGGCAGCUGACAUCACCUCAAAUUUCACGGCUGAUUUUCCACCGCAAGGGCAGACUCGAUUUCCUAUCGCUCGCUCGCGAUAGGACACAAUUGCAAGGAACAACGCGCUUGGGCCCUAGGCUGUGUCACCAUGAGUCGACAAGGGGACCCACAAUUGCCAUAUCCGGCCGCUUGUAUUGUCCCCUCCUUCGUGGAGCUGCGUGUGUGCGGUGCAUCACUCACCAGGUAAGGCAGGUGCUCCUUCUCCGCUUAGCGGGGAAGGCAGCGUGUUCAGAACCCCAGCCUCGAGGCCAAUCGGAGGCCAUUGUGGUGGAAAUCGCACCUCCGCCUCGCGCUCUGGACUUGGAAUCCCCACCCUCAAGCAUGUUUCCUCACUGCGGCGCAUCUGCCAGGUACCACCACAAAGUUGCCUGCAGGCAAUGCCAUUAUUCCCGUACUAGCCCUGUUGGGCCAUGCCACCAAGCCACGCCCGCAACUUCUUCGGCUCUAGUGUCUGUCCGUCUCCACCACUACUCGGCCAACCGAUCGCGCAGGAUCGAAAACCGCGAUCGUCGAUUCGUGACGUGGGUGGGAUGGUCCACCUGCCAGUGCCUGAUACCGUUGAAUAACGACUCCGUCAGGCGCCUCGUUUCGCUAUACUCUCUGCGGCGUAUUUGAACACUUCCGCUACACUUAAGUUGUGACUGCAAGAGUAGCCUCUUGAUCUCCACAGCAUGUCCGGUUUUUUCUACGACGAGGAGUCGUACGGCUUUGACUCGGACUGGGACCAUGCGCUCGACACGAGUCUGCCUCUCACAACUGAGGUCCCUUCAAAUCCCCCCUUUCUCUGGUAUGGUGCCGAUGACUACGCUGUUUCUCCCGUGGACGACUUUUCGUUUGUUCAAUACGACUGGCCGGCACCUGGUCCCGAUUUGUCUCCGUAAGCC